ACGUUCAUUUAUUAUCUGCCAACAUAAUCACUUUCCUGUUAAAUUGGGAGCCAAUGAACAGUAAACGUGCAGAAGAGGAAAGUUAUUUAGGGUUCCGAUGUCUGAGAACAGCGAUGGAAAUCUUCUCCGGUGAUGGUAUUAACAUAUCUGUGAAAUAUGUUGUUAUAGAUCAGGCCAGGCUCAAUAAUCUCGGAGGCCUCGGGCGAAACUAAAUUAUUAAUAUAGAUGAUGAUCGAAAUUUACAGCAGAGUUAUAUCAACAUAUGGGGUAUGCUCGCACACAUUUGUCGCUUCAUGGAGGCAAGACGCGCUACUUUCAGUCAGGAGAGGAACGUCUACCAGACUAAAGCCCUUUGUCAAGAGACGUACUCUUUAUCCCCUCCUUUCUCACUGUCUUGAACAUCUUCAGAAGUUUAUUAAGCUCAAAAACGUUAGGUGAAUGGGGUUCAAGGAAACAUUGCUGGCGGUUAAGUCAGAUCUGGACAGAAAUUUUGAAUUUCAAUAUGGUUGUGUACUUCUCAGAAGACCUUCAGGCUGUUUUACUUGGAUGAAAUGGAAUGGAAUGAUAUGUGUGCUCUUUUUAUAAGUUUGUAGUGGGACCAGAGAACAAUACGAAUAAAGGGGAUUGGAUGGAUAGUCACAAACAAGCUCGCAGAAUCAAGCCGAAGAGAGGGUUAUUGAACAAAUUUGAAGAGCCAACACUGUUGUAUAUUAGUCCACAAUAUGUGUAUCAUCUCUACCACAGAACACUCUGCAAGGUGCCCUUCAACUUGUUUCGACUCAAGGAUGUUGGCAAACAACCAUGCAUAUGAGAAAUGGGAAGAGAGAAUACUAUCAAAGGAGAAUGGCAAACGUGAAAUCCGUUACUACCUGGUGUCUACUUCUGCUAGUCCGCUGCUUGCUGUUGUGGGUAUGGAGAAGAGGGACCGACACUAUAGCUACGUGGUCUCUGAAGAGUUUCUGCAGGCUAUUGGUCCCAACCCAGCCAUAAAUACCAAUGAAAAAUGGACAUCGCGGAAGAAUGUGAAGGAGUGGCUUGAGUCAUUGGUGAGAGAGAAUAACCAGCCACCCACAAAUUCAAACCACUAUGUUCCAGCGCACGAAGGUAAUGGCAGCGAUGCCAUAACAACAAGUGAAGUAAGUGGUAUACCAGGACCAUGUGGUGUACAACUUGAGGAACCAACACCCACUGAACAAGCAUCAUUCCAGGUUAAUGAUGAUGUAGAAUUACUGAUUCAAGAUCUUGACAUGCCUGACUGCUGGUGUAAGUGCAAGAUCAUGGACAUCUCCAAAAGGCGUUGGAAAGUCCAGUGCAAUGACAUGAUGGAUGCAGACGGAUCUGGCAAAUUGGAGCAAUAUGUUCCUCCGCCAAGACUUGCACGUCUGGAUAAGCUGAGCAUGAGACAUUGUAAGCGACUUACCAUCCGCCCGUGUCCUGCUGAAGAAGAUUCUCCUACGACUUAUAAGGUUGGAGCAGCCAUCGAUGCAUGGCGGAAUAAUCGCUGGUGGGAAGGUUUUAUUCUUACUGGAGAGUCCCUCUCUAACAGUGACAGUUACCAUGUUUUCUUACCUGGUUUAGGCGAUCCCAUGUUUAUGACUCUCCACAGGAGAAAUUUGAGACCUUCUAGGGAUUGGGUCAACAAUAUAUGGGUUGCCGUACAACCACUUCCUGAUGUCUAUGGCGCUAUACAAUCAUGUUAUACACAGAGGGGCGAAUGAGUUAGAAAUAUGUUUCAAAAUUUCUGCUUUUGAUGACUGGAGGUGGUGCAGGACGAUUAACUGCUGCAGCCUGUGCAGGAGUUCUCUUUGCAUUAGUAGCAGUGGUUAUCGAAGUAGUGAUGUUAAACUUUUAAUGCUGAAGUUGUAUCAUCAAAUAUUCUGCGGGCAAUUCUAAAUGUUGUCUAGUAAUAUUGUUAGAUUUAAACAAAAAGUUAUAAGAUGUUCUUUAGCAAAUUAUGUUA